CUUAUUGCGUUAGUCACGCAGUAGAAUUAUGGUGAAUUAUACUGCAAAAUCGGUUAUUAAUCGCAUAUAACAUAUAAAUUUGUACAUUAAUCUUGAAUCCUUUUACUUUUAUUCUUAGUAAAAAACAACUACUGCAAGUUUUAUUUAAUUCUUUUCUUGAUAAUAUAUAAGAAAAAGGUUAAACACAAAAUCAAUUAUUCGACGUUAUUAACACUACUGAUCUUCCGAUUGUCGCAAGGCUUCGAUAAUCAGUUACUGUUUUGUAAAGCGACAAUAAUCGAUUCACAAAAAUUUGUUCCGCGACGUCGUCAAAAAUGUUUAAAGUAUCAAAGGGAAUUAAUUCUUACGGUAAUUUCCUUUUAGGCACAUCUCACCGAUCGCAAAGAAAAUAUCUCAGAGACAAUUUUGAACAGGAUCAAUACGGGAUGUAAACAAUAGUUCUAUACUGUGAUGUGAAUGUUAUUAUUUAACAUCCAUUGGAAAAUAAAAGCUUUUUCGUAAAAUUAUGACUAUAUAAGGUUAAAACUGUGUUGAAAAGUGCUAUAUGAACUUCACGUAACUGAAUAUAAUAAAGUGCCUCGGGAAGAAUUGUUUCUUCCCUAUUUCUUUUUAACGCGACUUUAUUCGAAAAGUUAUCGAUUAUUUCCCAUCCGAUUGAACCGAUGAUCGAUUGGGACAAAGAUCAUCCGAUUUCCAUCACUAAUUAAUUUAACACUUUACAAAGAUAAAAUGUUUAUUUUCCUCGUCCGGUUGAUUUACCAUACACACAAACUGACCAGGAAGUGAAAAUAAAGAAAAUAUGAAAAUAGUUUGAAAAUGGCAAAAAUGGCUGACAUAGUUUUAAUCAUUGUAUUUUGGAUAUACAUAUAUAAAGGAGCUGCAUUUAUUACACAAUAUAACACAACUUGGGAAAAUGCAAUUAACAAUUGCACAAUGGAAACGCCUACAAUCAUGUUCCAAGGAACAAAGAAAGAUUUACCCGUAGCCAUGAAUGCUAGUAUUAUUGGAAACGAAGCUGUGUGGGUAGGAUAUUAUCUAGCAGCUACAGCCUUCCAUUAUGUUGGCUGUAUAAAAAAGGAAAAUAUGGCUGCAACAACUGAGUUUGAGUACAACACUCCGGGCUUAUGUUACUCUGCAUGCAACAAGACAUAUUUGAUAGGUGUCAGCAUGUCAAAAUGCUACUGCUUUAACAACACUAUUCCAUCAAACAGGGCAUAUCACUUAUGUACUCAGGGUUGUAAAACGCAAAUGAAUAUUGCUUGCGGCAGCAACAAUUACAUUUCAAUGUACACUACUUACUCGUACGGUGAGAAAUUUACAACUUAACUUGAACAA